AGGGUGCGGGCGCGUGCGGGAGAGGCGCCUGAGCUCCCGGGCGAAGCGGGCAGGGGCGUCUUCAGGGGUCGAGGCACGCGAAGGCACGGUGCCCCGCGAGAGGAGGCUAUGGCCCCCAGUGCCCUGUAGACCUGGCGCGACUCCCGUGCUUUCGACCCCUUUUGGGGGCCCUGGGUGGCUUCUGGAGGGCCUUGCAGAGGGGCAGAGAAGGCAGGACCAUGGCAUCUAGGGCCUUUGACCCUCCCCCAGGGCGCAGCGUGACGGCGGGCAUCAUCAUUGUUGGAGAUGAGAUCCUCAAGGGACACACUCAGGACACCAACACCUACUUUCUGUGCCGGACGCUGCGCUCCCUAGGGGUCCAGGUGUGCCGAGUCUCUGUUGUCCCUGACGAGGUCGCCGCCAUCGCGGCCGAGGUCACUUCUUUCUCCAGCCGCUUCACCCACGUCCUCACGGCAGGGGGCAUCGGCCCCACUCAUGACGACGUGACCUUCGAGGCAGUAGCACAGGCCUUUGGGGACGAACUCAGGCCGCACCCUGAGCUGGAAGCAGCCAUCAGAGCCCUGGGAGGGAAGGGCUGGGCCAAGCUGUGUCUCGUGCCCUCCUCCGCCCGCCUGCAUUACGGCACUGAUCCCCGCACCGGCCGGCCCUUCAAGCUGCCGCUGGUCUCCGUCCGGAACGUCUACCUCUUCCCGGGCAUUCCGGAGCUGCUGCGAAGGGUGCUGGAGGGGCUGAAGGGGCUGUUCCAGAACACUGCUGUGCGGUUUCACCUGCGGGAGCUCUAUGUGGCCGCCGACGAGGCCUCCAUCGCCCCCAUCCUGGCCGAGGCCCAGGCCCACUUUGGGCGCAGGCUGGGCCUGGGCUCCUACCCUGACUGGGGCAGCAACUACUAUCAGGUGAAGCUCACUCUGGACUCGGAGGAGGAAGGGCCCCUGGAGGAGGGCCUGGCCUACCUGACCGCCCGCCUGCCCCCGGGGUCGCUGGUCCCCUAUGUUCCCGACGCCGUGCCGCAGGCCAGCGAAGCCGUGUACAGACUCGCCGAAUCAGGGUCUUCUCUGGGGGAAAAGGUGGCAGGUGCUCUGCAGACCAUCGAGACGGCCCUGGCUCGGUACAGCCUCGCCCGCCUCUGCGUGGGCUUCAACGGAGGCAAGGACUGCACGGCGCUCCUGCAUCUCUUCCAUGCCGCCGCACAGAGGAAACACCCCGACACCCAGGAACUCCUCCAGAUCCUGUAUAUCCGCAGCAUCUCCCCUUUCCCCGAGCUCGAACAGUUCCUACAGGACACCAUCAAGAGAUACAAUCUACGGGUCUUGGAGGCUGAGGGAGACAUGAAGCAGGCCCUGAGCGAGCUGCGGACACGGCACCCCCAGCUGGAGGCUGUCCUGAUGGGCACCCGCCGUACGGACCCCUACUCUUGCAGCCUCUGCCCUUUCAGCCCCACUGACCCCGGCUGGCCGGCCUUCAUGCGCAUCAACCCGCUGCUGGACUGGACCUACAGAGACAUCUGGGACUUCCUCCGUCAGCUCUUCGUGCCCUACUGUAUCCUGUACGACCGCGGGGGAUGGGAGAUGCCAGAGGGGACCGGGCAGCUCCCUGCAAGGGGGUGGCGCGCCUGCGUGCGUGUGUGUGCGUGUGCACGCGCGCGUGUGCAGACUGAAAAGGAGCUCUCGGCACAAUUCCCAAGGCCCGCCUCAGCAGGAGCCCCCCAGAGGGCAGGAGCCCGGAGUUGUGCUGGGCACUGGGGGAAGAGGAGCUGCUGGACUGACGAUGGCCAGGGAGGGAGCUGACCCCGGCUCAGCGCAGCGCCCGGCCCAGCCCCCAUUGAGACCCCUGGGGCCCGCCAUGCUCCACCAUGGAGGGGCCCCAGACACCGCGGGAAGUGCGGAU